ACAUGAACGAAGAUGAAUUUAAGUCUUAUUUUAUAAAGAAAAAAAGAUGGACUGAAAAUGAGAAACGAAUCUUAUUAAAAGGUCUUAAAAAAUAUGGAUCUAAAAACGUUCAAAAAUUGAAGCCGCUUUUACCAAAUAAAUCUACAAAUUCAAUUUUGCAAAUGAUUAGAAAAUAUCAAACGAUUGCAGAUCUAGGGAAAAAAGAUGUAAAUUCUCCGUUAGAUGUAUGGUUAAGAAGUGGCAUUUUUAGUGGAGAAAAUAUUCUUAUCUCUGAAGCUUUGUUGUUUAUACAUUUAUUUGAAAAACACCCACCUCCAGAAGAAACUGCUGGCUUUGAUAUUAAAGAGACAUAUAAAUUUCUGUAUGAAGCAACAAAAGGACAGCCAAUAACCAAUUUAUCACGAAAAACGACAGAAAUGUUUAAACAAUUAAUACUUACAGUAGAUAAAGAAAUUUGGCCUGCAGACGAAUGUAAUACAACAGACUAUUUAAUUGGUAAAUUAUGUACAAUUGAACCAGAAAAAUGUUAUAAAAGAAAAAAAGCAAAAAUUAAGAAUAUAAAUAAAUAA